AUGCCCUUCGUGUUUUUCAUAGGGAGGUCACAGGAAGAAAAUCAACAACUGCGAAAAAUGGUUGCCGAGCUCCAGUUAGCCAUAAAAGAGACUCGAAGUGCAGCCAAACAAAUACCGAGAAUCGAACCCGAGGAAUCCUUACAGCCGGACACGACGUCGGAAUGGGAAGGCGGAAGAGACGAUGUUUAUCGCCUCCCCUCGCACGCGUCGAGCGACAAGCUCUCGGAAUAUGAGUCAGCACAGGCCCUGCAACUCAGUCACCUGAGAAAGCGCCUAAAAGAUCUGAAGGCCAGAGAGGCGUAUCAAAGGGUUCGCGCGGACGACUUGAACAUAUCCGUGGAGGCGUAUAAAAUGGCUUUGGAGGAACAAUUCAAAGAAAGCCAGAAAUUCAUCAGUCAAUUUACAAAACGCUUGGAGGAAGUGUUUCAGUCCCCUGAAAAGCCCACCACAGAGGCAGUUGUGGGAGUGCGCAGCGACUUGACCCAGUGGAUAGAGCAGGCGCUUAAAUCUGCGUUUGUAGAAAACACCGACUGUCUACGCAGCGCGCGGGUCAAUUUUAAAAUGGGCACCUCUAAACCGGACAUGCCCGCUGAGGCAUUCGAGCGACACUACACGCAGUACCCUGUUAACGGACGCAGUUUGGCCCGACGGACUUCAUUUCGCAUUCAGUCCUUGUCCAAGGCUUUGGAAGUUCUUCAUGGGGCGGCGUCGCCAAAAGCUAGUCGGGUCUCUCCACUGGAAACGCUCCUUUUAAUGGUCAAUGAGAUCCUGGAGAAAUUGACGAAAGCCCGUAUGGAAGACUUUAUUCACUCCGAACGCCGCAACCUCCUACGCAACAGCAGAACCCAACCCAAGCCAACGAUGGUUACAACAAUUGUUUGA